AUGCCCAGGUGUCGCCUGGCCGGGAGGGCCGCGGCGGGGCCGGCAGCGGGCAGGGUGCGGCUCGGGGAGCCUCCGCUGCGCCCUGGGAACCCUCCCUGGCCGGAGCCCGUCCCGGAGCCCCGCGGGUCCCGGUUCCCCUCAGGUCCCGGUUCCCCGCGGGUCCCGGAUCCCUCAGGUCCCGGUUCCCCUCAGGUCCCGGUUCCCGCAGGUCCCGGAUCCCUCAGGUCCCGGUUCCCGCAGGUCCCGGAUCCCUCAGGUCCCGGUUCCCCGCAGGUCCCGGUUCCCUUCGGGUCCCGGUUCCCCUCAGGUCCCGGUUCCCCGCAGGUCCCGGUUCCCGCAGGUCCCGGUCCCCCUCAGGUCCCGGUUUCCCUCAGGUCACGGAUCCCUCAGGUCCCGGUUUCCCUCAGGUCCCGGUUCCCUCAGGUCCCGGUUCCCCUCGGGUCCCGGUUCCCCUCAGGUCCCGGUUUCCCUCAGGUCCCGGUUCCCCUCGGGUCCCGGUUCCCCUCAGGUCCCGGUUUCCCUCAGGUCACGGAUCCCUCGGGUCCCGGUUCCCCUCGGGUCCCGGUUCCCCGCGGGUCCCGGUUCCCCUCGGGUCCCGGUUCCCCGCGGGUCCCGGUUCCCCUCAGGUCCCGGUUCCCGCAGGUCCCGGAUCCCUCAGGUCCCGGUUCCCCUCAGGUCCCGGUUCCCCGCGGGUCCCGGUUCCCUCAGGUCCCGGUUCCCGCAGGUCCGGGCGCGGCUGCGCUGGGGCUCGCCGCCGCCAGGCGGCGCAGCGGAGGCCGCGCGUGCCCCGUGUGGCCCCGCGGCGCGGCCAUGGCGGAGCGGGCCGGGCCCGGGCGGGCGGCGGGCGGCGGGAAGAUGUCCCUGCACAGGUGUGAAACCUGUGGCAAAGAAGAAGCUAAGUACAGAUGUCCACGAUGCAUGAAAUAUUCCUGCAGCCUGUUGUGUGUAAAGAAACAUAAGCUUGCACUGAGCUGUAAUGGAGUCAGAGAUAAAACAGCGUUUGUCUCUGUGAAUGAAUUUACUGACUUGAACCUUCUGAGUGAUUAUCGUUUCCUGGAAGAUGUAGGAAGGACAGCUGAUGCUGCUGCUCGACAUUGCCUUGUGCAUAGUCCAGCAACAAAAAGACUUUUAUACUGCUUGAGGAACAAAGCUCGAGGGUAUAAUAUUGAGCUAAAAACACUGCCUAUUGGAUUUACAAAAAGAAGAGAAAAUUCUACCACCUUCAAUUUCGGGGAGAACAAGUUCUACUGGCAUUUGAAGCUCAUAUUUCCUCACUGUCAUGCUGAAUACACUUUAAAAGGGGUGCCUGACGAUAAAACACUUGCUGAUAUCCUCAAGCCAUACAUUGAUCCAGUGGAGUCAGAUCCUGUAGUUUGUCAAAGAUUAAAAAUCUAUACAGCAUCUCCUCAAUCAGAUGUACAGAUUUUAAUGAAAAUAGAAAACAGGAACCGAAACUCUGUCAGGUACAAUGAACUGGAUGCCAGCAAAAGCCUUCUAGAUAAUCUGAAAGGAAAAGUAAUAAUUGAGUAUCCAACAUUAUUUGUGGUCUUGAAAACACUGAAGAAUGACAUGGUGGUCCUUGGCCAAGAUGGCAGUGAGCCUGCAGAGAACUCAGACAGUGAAAGCUCAUCCCUUUCAUCUGUGGAAGAUGGAGAAAUUCGGGACAGUUCAUGACAGUUCUUUGAGAGAACAGGAUGGAAUGAGCUUUUUUUUAUUAUUAUUUAAUUAAAUUUUUUUGAUACAACUAAGUUCCCAGAAGUCUGGCAUAACUUCCUUUACUUAAAGGUAGCGCUCUCAAAGUGCUUGACUAUUUUUGGAUUUAAUAAUGGAUAUUCAGGAAUGUAAAUAAAAAGAUGGGGAAUUGUGGUCCCAGAAAAACAAAAAUAUUCUAAUUUAAUUGUAGUCUUUAAUUGCAUCAUUUUUCCUUUUUCCCUAACCAGCUCAGUGCCAAAUGUUUGGGUUUAAAUAUCUGAUCAUAUAUUUGUAUUUAUAUGUUGAUUUGAGUCUUAAAGUACAGUUAUUUCAUUAGAUCAGUUUCCUUUUACAGUAUUUCUGUGUAACACUGAGCUACUGAAAAUGGUCUUAUGUUACUUUUGAUCUUCUUUGGUGACCUUUUGGGUGUAUGAUGCAAUACUAAUUUUUUUUGGUUCCUUA